AUGGAUGGGUCUCCCGCACAAGAACCGGACGACGUCUUCCAGUUGCUUCUUUCGAAGACCUUCUACGCAGGACUCUCCAGCGAUGAACUCGAUCUCUCUCGAGAGAUCAAGCGCGCACGCGAGGCGUGGUCCACGGCGCGGAGUGCACAACUUCUUCCCUCGUUUGCAGCACCAGGAGAUGAACCCCCCUACUUGACGCGGGAUUUCUGUCGUGAAGUCCUGGCACUGCGUAUGGGCGUUCCCGCUGUGUGCCUCUCACUGUUGGCAGAGGGAUCGACGACCGCACCCUCGUCAGCUGACUCGCCGCGUGAAGGAGGGCUACUCCUUGAGGAAGAUGGGAGCGCUAAGACAGCAGAAGCUCCUGGUGGACCUCUUGGAGAGGAGAGCAGCGUCGAAAGGGGCGUUGUUUCCGGGGCACCUUCAUCGAGUGCUUUGAUUGAGGAGCUCGAUGGGAGUGGCGUUUUUCUCAGCCACGACGCUGCAUUGCUGGACUGUACAGCAUUCAUGUUGUGUCGAAGCCUGCGAAUAAUGGUCGACGCUCGCCCGUUCUCUAUCCGUUUCAGCAGAAAGCGGCAUCCAAGUGUCCGACCGAGGGAAAGGCGCAUUGUAUGUGAAGAUUGGUUGCAGGCUCUCUUGCUGCUUCUCGGAGUCGUGCCGACAGCUGGGGGCGUGAACCGAUCACGCGCGCCCGCGACAGAACACGUCGCCCAAAUAUUUUCAAUGGAGGAACAAUCUUCAUCGAUAGGAAAUAAUGCGGCCAGCCAGGGAAGCUCCGUACAGCGAUAUGCAGCGUCGCCGAGAAUGGGGACUGGAAGCGGAAGAGCAAACCAGUCGUGUGACCUCUCCCGACCUGGUGGCGUGUGCGUAAACUUUGCAAGCUGGGAUCACCUUCGUGCAGUCGCAGCUGAGCUUCUAGAGUUUCCGGCACUAGACGGUGUAGACAGGGUCCUUCGGCAUCAAAAAACGCGUGUCUUUGUUGUAGAUGCUCUUCUUUUCCUCGUCGAAAAUGGUUAUGAUGAGCACGUUUCAAAACUAAGAAUUAGAAUUGUUUAUUAUUUUUUCGAGGCUUUGGCUCUAAUGAUAAAUUUUUUUGUUUGAGGAGAUAAAAAGAUCUUGGUCUUCUUCGGUUCAAAGCAUUGUUUUUUUAGAGGUACUUACUUACAGUGUAGGAUUCUAAUUCAUUGCCUGCUGCAUCAGAUGUAGAUUCACUGACUUAUUAGUUUUCUGAGAACACAGAUGGAGAAACAACGAGACAAGUGAGGCGGAAAAUAUCGUGCUCAUUUUCCAGUUUGCGGGAGGCCUUCCUCGUACUAUUGGUAUUCCUCGUUCUUGUUCUAAUUUGGGGUCCUGGCAUGGACAGAUUUGUUUGGUGAGCGGGUAGAUUCGCGGGACGGCGAAGAUGCUGACGAUUCGGAUCCGGGCGACGCCUAUAACGGCCAGCAUGAUGAGGAGGAGGAUAACAUUCGAACAGGCUGUACUUUCUUGGGACGCCUACUGCAUGAGGGUUUGUGGCGACCAGUAGAGACUCUGCUCGAUGCGGCACAUAAGGUGCACAAGGCUUCACUCAUCAUGGAUCACGGAGGAUGCAGCGACCAGAAAGAGCUCGAGUGCCUCAGCCCCCCCGCAUUUAGGUUUCCGGAGGCGCCGCCGAGCCUAAGAAAAGAGAGCUCUACGUCGAGUUCUGUUGUGUCUUCGAGUAAACGCCGCGGACUCGGACUGUGGGGCGCCGCCAUGGAUUGGGGAUCGCCGUCACCGCGAGGCUGGGGGGAAGCAGGAUCGCAACCAUCGCGCUCAGUGUCGAGGGGCGUCAGCGAUGGAGAGAAAGAAGAAGGUGAGAAAGAAAAAAUUUCUCGGUUGAUGGCCCGACUGAAGAAGAUGCACGAGUUGCUCUUGAAGAAAGCAGACCGGAACGGGUCGUGCCUCAUGCACUGUGCCAUUGGUUAUGCUCAUUGUGUGCGCGGCCUUUGCGAGUACGAACGUCGGCUGAAUGCGGUCGCACAUGAAAACUCUAUAAUGUCGGAUGAUGGAGAGCCUCAUCUUAUUUCGCCGCUUGGAAGUCGACAGUUGGAAGCCGCGAAUACGGAUUCCGAGACACCGGUUCAUCUUGUGUGCUCCAGUGGUGAUGUCGCGAUGUUGUCGCUGAUGCUCGAGGAGGCUGCAAAAUUUUUCUCCGUGAAAACGUCGGCGGGCGGUUGUACUAGAGAAACAUUAACAGACCAUGCAUCUUCACCAAUAAAAGCUACAGGAAAUAAUCAGAAACCGAAAGAGUCAGCUACAACAACUGAGACGACUGGAGACAAGGUUCAAAAGGAGGCGAAAGUGGAUGCUGUGACCCGCAUGCGGCAUCAGCGACUACGAGAGUACCUGCGGAAAUUGUUGAACGAGCCGAGCAAUGACGGCAUGACCCCACUUCAUAUUGCAUGUUUCAAGUUGGAUGUCGGCAUUGUGCGCGCACUUGUAAAGUUGAAUGACCUACCUCCUGCAGAGGGCUUCGACAACAUGUUCUCGAGCGCACUUCUUCACGAUCAGGCGAAUCGUGGAAAAAUGGAGGCCGCCGCUCAAGACCCAAGCUCAUCCUCUACGAAGACAGCGGGUAGCGCCGCGAGUAGCGCCAGCAGUUCUGCUGCCCGGACAAGCACAAGUGCAAAAAGUGCGACCUGGUUUACCUCGGUGGAGACGGUGGCUGAUCAUGUCAUGGAUGCAGAAAAAAUUGUGAGUCUGAAUUACGCGCAUAGGACGCACGGCUGCACCGCCCUUCAUUACGCAGCGUGCAACGUGGGCACUCGUUGUGAGGUGAUUGUGCGCAUUCUGCUCGAGGCAGAAGCUGAUCCGCGCGUGCGAACCGCACGGGGGGAAACGGCUUUGGCUCUUGCGACUACGCGCGCACACAAUCGCGGCGUGGUGCAGACGCUUGUAGAGUUCGGCGCGGAAGAGGAUGACUUCUCUCAAGAUGACGAAUUGAGAGGUGCCGAAGAUCUCGCUGAAGAAGAACUGAACGCCGGCGGUGGAGCAAGGUCGGAGGAACGAGGUAGGCUUGCUAACGAAGAGUUAUGUUGUUUUUCCACUAUAAUCGAAUUUUUACAUUAUCUUACAGAAUGAAGAUAAACAUAAAUGGUGACUCUUAAAAAGAACCAUAUAUUUACCAGGGAGGGAGCCGCCCCCUGUGGAUGGAGCGGUGGUAGCGUCCACGCGCCCUGUUUUCCGCGGUGGUGACAUGUAAGGACUCCCGGGGGCGAAGGCCUCAAAAGGGGGAGCCGGGCCCCCUGGCGGCUCUCCGCGUGUACCCCACAGGCGAGCCGACUCGUGGACCCUAUCAGGGCGACGGCUUCCGGGGGAAGAAGGCCGCCAGAGGCGGCCACGGUCGCGAGGCCUGGCCCCUUUGGCGCUCAUCCCCCCAAUUGGUGGCAGCGUCAGCCGCCACCAAGCGCCCGGGGGGUUGACAGCCAAAGGCGAGGAGGAGGGGGGGCAAGGCGUGCCCGCCUGGGUUCUGUCGGAUACGUGCAGCACGGCGAAAGGGGUCAAGCCCUCCUUGCCACCUGCGGCCCUCAAAGGCCUUCCACCUCCCAAGAAGCUCCCCGAGUGAGGAGCCCGCAAACGGGAGGUCUGUAGGGUACACGCAACACGGCGUGGGAGGCCUGUAGGGUACAUGCAACACGGCAAAGGGGUCGAGCCUUGUCACCUUUGCCGCUUUCGGAAGCCUCCCACCCCUGGCCGUCGGUGCUUGAACGGCCUCAGGGGUUUGGGUUCUUUAGGGUACAGGCAAGAGGCCGUGAAGGUCGGCGUUUGGAGGCCUUCUUGUCCGGCAGUCCCUCGAGCAAAAGGGUCCGGGGCGGGAGGCCCCGCCCCUCAAAAAGUUAGAUCGGGGGAGCCUUCAGCCCUGAGCCCUUGAAAGUAUAUGAGUAAAUCCUGUGCAAUAUCUUCAUGCUAAUUGAUUCCUCGAAAGAAAAAAACAUUGUGAUAUAGUGGGUUUCUAAGGAAGCAAGCAUGGUGGGCCGCUCCGGAGCACCAAGCGCGGCCUGGGGCGGAUGGGAUUUGGAUGAGCGGUCAAGGAGGAGCGGUGCUGGGGUCCUCGACGGCUGAACAGAGGAGGCAUGCCGCGCCCUCUACAGGUGCGUGGAUGCGGUUGCAGGCCGAAAGGGAGUGGGAUACUGACUUCUUGCAGCCUUCUGAAACGUAACUGUGAUAUUUUGGCAGACGAGCACGAGCAUAGUCUUGAUACUGAACGGCUUCGCUGUAGAUGAGGCGAUGUUAUAGGGAAAUUGUGUAAGCAAGAUCGGGAUGUUGACAACUGAAAAUAGACCUGUCAACAUCAACAUAAACUACUAUGUUGUAGAACAACUACGCAUGAACAACUUCUGAAAUGAUCUAAUUUUAUCAUUUGUACCUUCAUUUUUAUGGUGUCCCUCACAACAACCAGGAGGUGGGUAUUGAUUUGGGAGUUGACAUUAUAUAGAGGUUCGUGUACCAAUACCACAACUAAAUGAUGGAAGUACUGUAGCGGCUAGCCUUGAAAUAUUGUGAUCAAAGAAUAUGCGACCGAAGCGCAGGCAUAUUCAGAAAUCGAGUGACAAAAUUGAGGAUUUAGUCUACGCUAGGCAGAGUUGUCGGAUAUUCAUAUUAGGAUAAGUAGCCACGGCCACGGCGGAACUGGAAGAGCAUACUUAAGUGAAAAAUAGCAGAAGCGCGACUUUUCGCGUUUCAGUGCGAGGUGCAGUAUCCUGCUUCUGGCGGCUUGAUACAACUUGUUGGUUUUAGCUGGAAAAAUUAAGAAAUGAAGAGACGCAGACGACCGUAAAGAAAUAUCUUUAUCUUCCACGAAAUGUUACAUCGCUGAUUCCUUUCCUGUUAUAACGAAUGUUUAUGUUCAUUAGGAUUUUUGUCCCACAUUGCGAAGCGCAAUUGAACGCAAAAUUCGUGGAGCUUGAUAGACUGAACUCUAUUGGCGCUUGUUAUCUGAAAGAUUUUCACGUUCUUUCGACCCCGAUCAGGUCACGAAGAUCAU